GCCAGUUUUAAAUUACAGUUAAUGAACUCCCGGCAAACCCCCGCUUACUUUAAAUUUCUGUUACAGGUAAAACAGAAAGAAGAAGGAUGAGCAGAGCUUGCAGGGAGAUUGAGCGCAACAUCUUGCGCCUUCUCCACGGGCGCGAAACCCGAACACAGUUCCGUGAGAUACAUGCACAUUUCCUUCGACAUGGUCUCAACCAACUCAACCAAAUCCUUUCCCAUUUCGUCUCUAUUUGCGGGUCACUAAACAAAAUGGCCUAUGCGAAUCGGAUUUUUAAGCAAACCCAGAACCCCACUAUAAUCCUAUUUAAUGCCAUGAUUAAAGGGUAUUCUUUAAAUGGACCCUUUGAAGAGUCUUUCCGUUUGUUUUCUUCAAUGAAAAAUCGAGGUAUUUGGCCGGAUGAGUACACGCUUGCGCCUUUGCUUAAGGCGUGUUCAAGUCUUGGUGUGCUUCAACUUGGGAAAUGUAUACACAAGGAGGUUCUUGUUGUUGGGUUCGAGGGUUUUAGCGCAAUAAGAAUUGGGGUUAUAGAGUUUUAUAGUUCUUGUGGGGUAAUGGAAGAUGCUGAGAAAGUGUUUGAUGAAAUGUAUCGAAGAGAUGUGAUUGUUUGGAAUUUGAUGAUUCGUGGGUUUUGUAAGAGAGGGGAUGUUGAUAUGGGGUUGUGUUUGUUUAGACAGAUGAGAAAGCGGAGUGUUGUUUCGUGGAAUAUCAUGAUUUCUUGCCUAGCACAAAGUCGGAGGGAUAGUGAAGCUUUAGGACUUUUUCAUGGUAUGCUGGAUUGGGGAUUUAAGCCAGAUGAGGCAACCGUAGUUACUGUUCUACCUAUUUGUGCUCGUUUGGGUUCUGUUGAUGUUGGGAAAUGGAUUCAUUCUUAUGCAAAAUCAAGCGGGCUUUAUCGAGAUUUUGUGUUUGUGGGCAAUGCACUAGUGGAUUUUUACAAUAAAUCCGGCAUGUUUGAGACUGCUAGAAGGGUAUUUGAUGAGAUGCCUCGAAAGAAUGUGAUUUCUUGGAACACAUUAAUUUCGGGUUUGGCUUUUAAUGGGAAUGGUGAACUUGGGGUUGAAUUGUUAGAGGAGAUGAUGAACGAAGGGGAAAGCCCCAAUGAUGCGACAUUUGUUGGGGUUUUAUCAUGUUGUGCUCAUGCAGGACUGUUUGAAAGAGGGAGGGAAUUGCUUGCUUCAAUGGUGGAGCAUCAUCAAAUCGAGCCUAAACUUGAGCACUAUGGAUGCAUGGUUGAUCUCCUAGGGCGUAGUGGAUGUGUGAGGGAGGCUUAUGAUCUGAUUAGAACCAUGCCUGGGGGGACUCCAAAUGCUGCUCUAUGGGGUUCCUUGCUUAGUGCUUGCCGUACUCAUGGUGAUGUAGAGCUUGCACACCUUGCAGUAAAAGAGCUUAUUGAUCUUGAACCAUGGAAUUCUGGCAACUAUGUGUUGUUGUCGAAUAUGUAUGCAGAGGAAGAGAGAUGGGACAAAGUUGCAAAUGUACGAGGGAUGAUGAGGGAGAAGAAUGUCAAGAAGACACCAGGGCAGAGUGUUAUUGGAUAAGUCUGCAGUGUUACUUUGAUUGAGCUAUUAUUCUUGAUUCUCACACUGGCUAUACCGUGUGUCCUUCACAGCAAGGCUUGCAAUUCAAGAGUGAACGAAGCAUCUAACAACCUUUUAACAUCCUGCAUAAGUUCAAAGGAGUUUCAGCAAGCAAAGCUGCACGAAUGCCUGUGGAAGUGCAAGGAGGGGAGAAUUUGUGAAAGUAGUAGAAAACCUAGCAAGGAAAUUCAGGGGCGGCGGACUAACACUAAAUACUAUUUUGGCCGAUUUAUUUUCAAGACAAUCAAAUCUAGAGGGUGCCUGUUUCAACCCCGAAUUUCUUUUAACAUAAAUGGUCUCUCGUUUUAUUGUUAUAAAAAGCUUGUGAGACAUUACUUGUCAAAUCUCAUAAAAGCAUGAAUAUCAGUUCAUGAAGCUUCCAGCAUGUGUAUGUC